CGUCGCUUCCGUUUCGUAAUCCGUCUCGCGGACGCUCGUGCGUCAUCGGGAUUCGUCGUAAUCGUAUAUGGAUUGCAACGACCCCGUGUAUCACUCCGCCGCGGUUGCCAUGGGAACAGUUUACACGGAACUACUUCCGGAAGUUCGCUUGUUAAUUUCGAUCCGUCGAAUUUGCCGGCGGCGGACAAACGUUUCUGCUCGCGGGUCACGGUCGAUCUUCCGCGCGCGAUUCCGAAUUUUCGACGUGCGAUCGCUGAAAUUCCACCGAAACACGUUUCUCCGAGUCCAGUCGAGCGAGUCGGAUCAAGUGGAAGCCGCUGACAGCGAGCUAUCGAUUGGCCGUCGCCGAACCGUUGGUAGCUCCUUUGGAAUCGUCCGCUGCACCUACGUGGAAAUUCACUUUUCACGAUGUUUAGCCGUGACCGAGAUCAGAGUAGGAAUCAUCGUGGCAGCGUUGUCAGAGCAAGUUCUGCUAUCAGAGGAGGCACUGACAAUGCACGUGGACAGAUAGCUAGCCGUUUUGCCACACAGAGUAGAGGAAGCGCUAGUAACGUACGAGUCGGACUAAAGGGGAAACAGCCCGGAGGCGCCCUAAGGAAAGUCAACUGGGAUCUCCGCAUGUUGGAACCAAUACGCAAGGACUUUUACAUUGAGCAUCCAUCGGUUAGAAACAGAUCUAAUGAAGAAGUGAGCCAAUUUCGAGAGAGUGCAGAGAUAACUGUAAAGGGUGAUAAUGUUCCUAAUCCUAUACAGUUUUUUGAAGAGGGAAACUUUCCACCCUACGUAAUGGAGGGCAUUCGUAGACAGGGAUACUCGCAGCCCACUCCUAUUCAAGCGCAAGGAUGGCCUAUUGCCCUUAGCGGCAGAGAUCUUGUCGCGAUUGCUCAGACGGGCUCCGGCAAGACACUUGGAUAUAUCUUGCCUGCAAUCGUGCAUAUCAUACAUCAACCGCAUCUGAGCAGUGGAGACGGACCAAUUGUCCUGAUACUAGCUCCAACCAGAGAAUUAGCUCAGCAGAUUCAAGAGGUGGCCAAUUGCUUCGGGGAGUCCGCGGCUGUAAGGAACUCGUGUAUCUUCGGUGGCGCUCCGAAGGGACCGCAGGCGCACGAUCUGGAGAGAGGCAUUGAGAUAUGCAUUGCCACGCCAGGUAGACUCAUUGAUUUCCUGGAAAGAGGGACCACGAAUUUACGUAGGUGUACGUACUUGGUGCUCGACGAAGCCGAUCGAAUGUUAGACAUGGGAUUCGAGCCACAAAUACGAAAGAUAAUCGAGCAGAUACGUCCCGAUCGGCAAGUGCUGAUGUGGUCGGCGACGUGGCCUAAGGAAGUCCGCGCGCUCGCGGAGGACUUUUUAACGGAUUACGCUCACCUGAACAUCGGCUCCCUGACUCUGUCGGCCAAUCACAACAUCACGCAGAUCAUCGAUGUCUGCCAAGAGUACGAGAAGGACUCGAAGCUGUGCAGGCUGCUGCAAGAGAUCGGCACCGAGAAGGAGAACAAGACCAUCAUAUUCGUGGAGACGAAGCGUAAGGUGGACGACAUCACGAGGAAUAUCAGGCGCGACGGGUGGCAAGCCGUGAGUAUCCACGGUGACAAGAAUCAGCAGGAGCGGGAUCACGUGUUACAGGAGUUCCGCAGCGGAAGGGCGCCGAUUCUAGUCGCGACCGACGUGGCUGCCAGAGGCCUGGAUGUGGAUGAUGUGAAGUACGUAAUAAAUUUCGAUUAUCCAUCUUCGUCGGAGGACUACAUACAUAGAAUCGGUCGAACCGGACGCAGACGGCAAACCGGAACGGCGUACGCGUUCUUCACGAGCCACAACAUGAAGCACGCCGGCGACCUGAUCGAAGUAUUACGAGAGGCCGGGCAAAACGUUAAUCCGCGCCUCAGCGAGAUGGCAGAGAUGGCCAAGGCGGGCAACUUCGGAAGAAAUGGGAAACGUUUCGGUUCUUCCAUUGGCGGUGGUGUCGAGAGAGGUAUCGGUCGGAGAACCACCAACGACAGUCGGGGAAGAGGAGGUGGUUCGAUAAGAGGAAGAGGUCUCCCUCGUGGCGGAAGUUCUUUUCAGGCUUCCUCGAAUAUUUACUCAGGGUCAGGGGAUUACACUAAUUACAGUACUGUAAAACCGAAUACUUCCUUGGGCCAGAACACAGUGUACGGAUACAGCACGCAGAAGAAUUACGGGCAAAGUGCUGCGCCCCAGAAUUACGGAGGUGGUGACAAUUAUGGAAACGGGUAUUCGUAUAGAGGCGCGACUUAUUAAUCGCACGUAACUAUUUGAUAAAACGUGUCAGGUUUAAUUCUUGCGGCGAAUUCGGUUGAAUGUGUUUACAUUGGAGGACUGUUUAUAGAGGUAUGUAAGGAUUGACUAUUAUCAAGAUGUAUAUGAGGACCAGAUAUCUCCGCAUCCAGCCGAAUUCGCCGGAACAUUGGACGCCAUUAGUCUGACUGUUAUAAAAGUCGUAAUAGAUAAAGGUAGAGAAAAAAUGAAAAUCAGAAGGAUAAUGAGUCGUGUGGAGUAGUGAAAACGUUGAAACGAUAGUGUGUUCACUAUGACGACUAUGGUAGUAUUUAUCACACACAUACUAUCUAGUGAAUAACAAUUAAUUAAAAAUUUACAAAUUAGCAAAUGCAAGUCUGUUGAAUCUAGCGUUUGCGUAUCUCGAAUUUAAUGCGACGAGCAAGGCCAAAAAUUUUGAUGCAAGUUUAGAGCGUUUUUAACUAAAGUUAUUCUCGUUUAAAAAAGUAUCAACCAAUUAUUUCUAAUGAGAAAACCCCACGAGUUCCUACGUAGUAUUGGAGUGAAAUCACUCAAGAGCCAAACAGUUUCUUUUAUUUUUAAGAUAUUUAAUUUUGCAAUAACUGAGAAUUUUAUUUAUAAAUUUUAUCGAAAGUUGCAUAACUGCUGCGUGGAGUAACUAUGUAUUGCACUAAUUGUAACUGUAAUCUGAUUUUACAGCACGUUAUCCUUCGUUGACUGACGUUAGCGCGCGGAUAUUAAUUACUGUAUGUAUGUGUGUAUGUGCGUGUGCGUAGUACACCGUAAUAUACAAUGUAUAUUACGCGAAAGGAAUGCACGAAGAGAGUUACGCGGUUUGAAAAGAUUUUCAUUAAUAGUUGCGUGCAAUACUUGGACCAAAGAAGAUGUUUGUAUAGUAAAUUUGUUUUAACAUUAAGUUGUACAGUAAUGCAUAAUUACUUGUUUUUUUUUACUUUAAUAGAGUUACGCGAGAACUACGUUCCCUGCAACUGCCUAUACAUCUUACAGCGAAUUCGACUGAAUGCACUAAUACGCAAAGUAAAUUACACACAAUAGGAUUAUCCAUCAAAUAUUAAGCAGAUUAAUUAUUUAAUUAAUUAUCACUCAAAUAAAUUAGGCAUCUUCUGCAGCGCAGUGUGUUUCAUUGCAGUCGAAUUCGCUAGCAGACAAUCAAUUAAAUAGAAAGCGAUUAAUUUUAUAAUAAUAUUAUUUGCGAUUAUAUAUUAUAUUGUUGCUAUUUGAAAGUGUUCGUUCGACAAUAGUUCUUUUCAGCGUCUGUGAUAUUGCGCGCCUGCUGCGGAGAUCCAGUGCGCCAGGAAAGAAAUGAUUAUUAAUUAAUUAGAAUUUUAAUUUUUAAUUUCAUUAAUAUUAAUAGUUAAUUUCGUUAUGCGUUCCAUAGCAACGAAUUGCUGGAGUAUCCCAGCAGAAGGACGAUAUUGACGUAUGUUGUUUGUCAAGCACAUAUAUAGUUCUAUGUUGCAUAAUUAAUAAAAUUCACUUUCGUCUUA